AGGCGUGACUUCGAUUCUGCCAUGGCUUUAAAAUCAAUAUUCAUCAGCGGCGGUAAUCUUUAUAAGCCGAGUAUUGGUCUCCAUUUACCCGCUGUGAUAACUUGAUAGAUACUGUCAUUAAGGAAUGAAAACUGUGUAACCUAAACAAAAGCAGAUAUAAAGUGUUUUUGCAUCUUUCCUUUUCAAAAAAGUUUGACGAACAAGACCGUCACAAUGCUGUUGGCUCUAGCUGGAUUUCAGAGCCCCCACUCAGUAUUGAGUUUAAUUCUUUUAACCCUAGCCAUCUUCUGCAUCGAUGGAACAACAGGCAUAGCUGAAGAUGAAAAGCUGUCAAGAAACAAAAGGAUGUUAGACAGAGUCGGGAGCGGAUUUAUCAAAAGAGAAUCGGACUCCAAGAUAGAGGAACUAGUCCCAAGGCUCAAAUACUACUUAGCUCAAAUGGCUUCUGAAGAAGACGACCAGAACCUUCCCGAGAAAGCUGACAAGAGAACUUUUGAUCGUUUAGGAAUGGGACUACUAAAGAAACGUCGUUUGGAUCGGCUCUCUAUGGGUUUUUUAAAGCGGGAUGAUGGAGCAUCUGGAAAUUAUGAUGACGAUGUAUAUGCAGAGGAUUUAGGCAAUGAAGAUAUAGACAAACGAUACUUUGACAGACUCAGUUCAGGAUUCAUCAAGCGUGACGACCCCGGAAAACGAUACCUUGAUAGACUUAACUCGGAUUUUAUCAGGCGUAGUACCUUUGACCGUCUUGGAUCCGGGUUCAUUAAACGACGCUUCGACCGAUUGGGAUCUGGGUUUAUAAAGCGUCGUUUUGACAGGCUGAAUUCUGGAUUUUUAAAAAGAAAUUUUGACAGACUAAGUUCUGGCUUUAUCAAGCGUAGGGGAUUUGAUAGACUUAGUUCUGGAUUUAUUAAGCGCCAAGAAAUGGACAAGAGAAGAUUAGACCGAUUGGGAUCUGGCUUUUUAUAAACUUAAAAAUAUAGAUCUAUCAAUAUUUCAAUGUCGAAGGUGACCAAAGAACAACUAUUUUUAUAGAAAAAAGUUAAAGUCGUCAAAAUUAUUUGAAUAUCGUUAACAAAAAUAUACAAAGCAAAAUGACUUCAUCGUGUUCGAAUAAACAAAUAAUGACACAUCUUUGUGGUUUAUUAUGCAACAAAAAACUGCAAUCAUCUAUUACUUUAAGGUGAAAUGAAGUAUAAAUACUAGACAUUUUCCAAUCACACUUGAUAAUCAAUCUCAUUGUUACUUAGAUACAAUGUAACAUAUCCAAUUCGUAUGUAUAGUUGCUGCAGUAUAUUUUGUGAUGUAAUAAAUGCUGAAAUAAAUACAAAAUGGAGAGAUAAA